AUUAUUCGAACAUCUUAGAUAACAGCGAUCCUUUCCAAACGCCGCUCUUCCGCCUUCCUUCUCCUCUGCUUUUCUUGCGACGGAAACCGCCAUUAAAGACCUCUGUUUCUGGUUCUUUUGACCAUUUCUCAAGCUUUUUUCAAGGAGAAACACAAUGUUUGCAGCUGAAAAUGGUCUUAAGGGAGACCCCAGGCUUCAGGGGAUAUCUCAAGCCAUUAGAGUUGUUCCUCACUUCCGUAAGCCUGGAAUCAUGUUUCAAGAUAUUACAACGUUGUUGCUGGAUCAUAAGGCGUUUAAGGAUACUGUUGACAUUUUUGUCGAUCGUUACAGGGGCAUGAACAUCUCUGUUGUUGCUGGGGUAGAAGCCAGGGGAUUCAUGUUCGGCCCUUCGAUUGCCUUAGCCAUUGGUGCUAAGUUCGUUCCUUUACGAAAACCCAGAAAGCUUCCAGGCGAUGUGAUAUCAGAAGCUUAUGACUUGGAGUAUGGAACCGACUGCUUAGAAAUGCAUAAUGAUGCCGUGAAGGCAGGGGAACGUGCAUUGGUUAUCGAUGAUUUAGUGGCCACUGGUGGAACGUUAUCAGCAGCAAUCAAGCUUCUGGAACGGAUGGGUGCUGAAGUCGUUGAAUGUGCCUGUGUUGUUGGAUUGCGCGAAGUUAAGGGACAGCGCAGGCUCAAUGGAAAGCCACUUUAUAUCCUUGUUGAGCCACGCCAAUUGGAUGUUUGUUUCUAAGGUGGGUGAUAUUGCUUCUGCUUAGGCUUGAUAUUGAGGUGAUGAUGCUUGAGCGAACAGGCUGAGACAGAGACAGAGACUGUGAGAUUUGAUUCCUGCGUUCAAAGUUUGAGCAGCGAUGAAUGAAAGUUGGGUCCAUUGUACUAUUUUUUUAGUGCUAAAUUAUGUGUCCUUUCUUCCCCAGCCUGUUAUUUCAACCAAAUCUUUAAUCAACAAAACUAUUCUCAGAUUCUGAUA